AUGUCACGCCUUGAUUCGUAUUCACGUGAGGAGCAGAAAGCUUUUAUCAAUGGUUUUUUGGGAAUGAUUUAUGAUAAUUAUGACAUGACACGACGUAUUCAAGCAACUGUUGAUGGUAUCAAUCGUAUUGUUAUCACAAUUCUUAUCAUUUUAAUUCUCUGUGCCACUGCUGCAUUAUUAUCUGCCUGCGUAAUGGGAUGUCGAAGGUAUCAACAUUAUACCUUUCAAAGCCUACAUAGGCCUAAAUCGGAUCCUAUCGAAAUGUGA